AUGGCCGUCCAGACUGAACGCGAUGGUCAGGUUAGUAAUGAGGAGGUCAGGCCCAAGAUAAUUCGGGCUAUUGACGAAGAGGAUAGCCCUACGGACGCCAAAUACCCCCACUACCUCCCUGUCUGGGACCACGCAGACAACCUUCCCCCUCUAGAGCCCUUCACGCACCAUGACCCCGGCAAAAACGCCGACCCGUCUCUCAAAGAUCUCCUCAUUCCAGGUGUGACUGUAAAGAGGCUUACUCCCACAACCGGCAGUGAGAUCACUGGAAUCCAGCUCUCCUCACUUACGGACAAAGCAAAAGAUCAACUUGCGCUUUUUGCUGCCCAGCGUAAAGUCCUUGUGUUUCGCGAUCAGGAUUUCGCCGAUCUCCCGAUUGAUCAAGCCGUUGCCUUUGGUGGAUAUUUCGGAAGGCAUCAUGUGCACACAACUGCCGGGGUACCAGAGGGAUAUCCGGAGGUCCAUGUCGUGUAUAUGAUGGAUACAAAGAACGGGGACUUUGCGACCUUUUUAGCUGGCAAAAAUAGCACGGUGCUCUGGCAUUCGGACGUCACAUAUGAUGAGCAGCCGCCGGGUAUGACAAUUCUCUACGCGCUUGAAUUGCCCGAGGUGGGUGGGGAUACAGCCUUUGCGAACCAGGUGGAGGCAUAUAAGCGGCUUUCACCCGCGCUACGGGAGCGGUUGCAUGGGCUAAAGGGGGUUCAUGAUGGUGUUUCACAGGCGGAGCCCUACUAUCGUGCAGGAAGAUUGGUCCGGAGGGAGCCAGUAAUUGUUGAGCAUCCACUUGUCCGGACACAUCCAGUGACAGGGGAGAAGGCACUUUUUGUCAAUGCAUUGACGACGAGAAUUGUCGGGAUGAAGAAGGAGGAGAGUGAUAUGUUGCUGGGCUUCUUGAUGAAUCAUAUUGGGCAUUGCCUGGAACACCAAGUCCGGGUGCGGUGGGAGCCAAAGACGGUUGUCAUUUGGGAUAAUAGAACCGUGUCACUGCGCACACUGCGAUCGUCGACUGGAGAACUCGUGAGCGUCGGCACCUGGCACGCCUCACUCCCCAGGCUGAGCGUCCAUUUGAGACGCCCAACAAUGGCAGAUUAUGGCGGAACGCUCUGCUUCUUCAAGAUUCUUCGACGUUAUAAUACACACAGGAAUUUUCAGACUCUCCGAGUUAUGGUUGGCUUACAGUUUAGGGAUUCUCUGGGGUUGGCAGCGGGGAAGGUCCCCGGCGGUCGCCCCGCCUGGGCCCUGGGCCUGAGCGUGACUCCCCGCGCGGAGGCAAGCGGAGAUGCCGCGUAA